AUGACAGCCACGCUGCUGAUCAGCGCAGCUCCGUACCUCCUCCUCUUCCUGGUGCCGCUGGAGUCCAACUCCCCCCAGCACCGCGGGCUCCUCCGGCUGCUGCUCAGCUUUGCUGCUGGGGGUCUCCUGGGGGACGCGUUCCUCCACCUCAUCCCGCACGCCUUGGUUCCCCACGUGCACCACGAGGACAACGGCGGCCAUGAAGCGGGGGGCAGCGGCUGGACGCACGGCCACGGGCAUUCGCACCAAGGAGCGGAGCACGGCCGCAUGCUGACCGUGGGGACCUGGGUGCUGGCCGGCAUCGUGGCCUUCCUGGUGGUGGAGAAGGGCGUCAGGCACCUCAAGGGCGGCCAUGGGCACAGCCAUG